AUGCUAGCACGUGCAGCUUUUCCCUCAUUCUUCUUCACCUUGGGUGGAUUUCUUCUCCUACUUCUGGUCACACUCUCUGUCCCGAUUAUCAAGACAAUCUACCUUCUUCAAGUGAGAUUCGCCGGUAACGGUGGUGCAGCAAGUACUUCUCUUGGAGCGAACGCAGGUGUCUUCGGCUUAUGUUACGAAGGCAGUGAAGCGAGCUUUCUCGGAUUCGGCUAUUCUUCAAAUGCAGCUUGUACCGAUCCCAAAGUUGGAUACACGUUCGAUGAGAAUUUCUUGGGGUUGGAUAAUUCUGGGCUAUCAAGAGCGGUGAUCAAAGGUAUCGCAGGAGCUUUAAUUCUGAAUGCUAUAGCAGCUGGACUUGCCGGAUUAUCACUUAUCUGGUCAUUCUUCGCUUGGUUCUUCUCAAGUAGGGCAUGGGAGAUUAUUACUUUCCUCUCGCUGUUCCUCUCAGCAUUAACAGGAUGGUUAGCGUUCGCGCUUGAUCUCGCUCUCGCUUUGGUCGCAAGGCACAGAAUCGAAGAUGCGUCCAACGAUAUCCUGGAGGCUCGAAUCGGUAAUGGAGUAUGGUUAGCUUUAGGUGGAGCGGUGUCCCUUACAUUCGCUAUAUGUCUAGCUGGAUGUGGGAUCUUUGGCAGAUAUCGAUCUGACCAUGUCGUACAACAGAAACCUAUCGGAUAUCAACGGCGAUACUUCUGGCAGAGAGAUAAAAGAGGCAGGGGAACUUACUAA